GUUGCCGCCACGUCCUUUUACCCCACCCACCGACACGACGGCGCCGCCCACGGAACUUCGCGGGAGAUUUGCCGCGCCCGUGGGCGGGGCUGGGACACAGCCUGGCUCCACCCCCAGAUCGGACACCGCCCCCGAUAGACCACGCCCCCUCAGAGAGGGCGGGGUCCGGCGCGGCCGCAGCCUUCGGAAUCUGCUGGAAGGCGGCGGGCGGGCGCCGGGGAGGUGCUGAAGGGACAGCUCCGGCCGCCCAACUUCGAGGCGCAGGAGGGCGGGCGGGGCGCCCCGGGAGGGAUGGAGACCAUCUGGAUCUAUCAGUUCCGCCUCAUCGUGAUCGGGGACUCCACCGUGGGCAAGUCGUGCCUGCUGCACCGCUUCACCCAGGGCCGCUUCCCGGGGCUGCGCUCGCCCGCCUGCGACCCCACGGUCGGCGUAGACUUCUUCUCGCGCCUGCUGGAGAUCGAGCCCGGCAAGCGCAUCAAGCUGCAGCUCUGGGACACUGCGGGGCAGGAGCGCUUCAGAUCAAUAACUCGAUCUUAUUACCGCAACUCAGUUGGUGGGUUCUUAGUAUUUGAUAUUACUAACCGGCGAUCGUUUGAACAUGUGAAAGAUUGGCUAGAAGAAGCAAAAAUGCACGUACAGCCGUUUCGGAUUAUCUUUUUGCUUGUGGGACAUAAAUGUGACUUAGCUUCACGACGGCAGGUCACAAGAGAAGAAGCUGAAAAACUGUCAGCAGACUGUGGCAUGAAGUACAUAGAAACAUCAGCAAAAGAUGCUACUAAUGUUGAGGAGUCCUUCACAAUCCUGACAAGAGAAAUAUAUGAACUUAUUAAAAGGGGAGAAAUUUGUAUUCAGGAUGGCUGGGAAGGGGUUAAAAGUGGUUUUGUUCCAAACACUGUGCAUUCUUCUGAGGAAGCAGUAAAGCCCAGGAAAGAGUGCUUCUGCUGACUUCCAACAUGCCAAAGAGCCCACAGGAGCAGGACAGACCCUACCAUUCAAGCAGCAAUGCAAUGGAAGCACUAAAAAGGUGCAGACCCCUGCUAACAUUACUUGGUUACAUAUUGAUUCAGGACACUGUGCUUACUUCUUACAUGCCAGAUUGGAAAAUUUGCUAAAUUAAUCAGGCAGCUUUUCCUAGAAACAGGAGUGCCUGCAUAAUUUCCUCAUUCUCACUGUUAGCAUAGAAUUGACCUUAACGUCCCAAUCUGUCAGUAGCACUCAUUUUUCUUGAUGGUUUGAAAUGAAUAUUUUGUGCAUAUAUAAUCAGACUGAAAUAUGUUGUUAGGAGUUACACUAUCUUGAGUUAGUUUAUUAGUACUUCAUAGUAAAGUGUUUUGUUUUUUUUUAAUUAAUUCUAUUUUGUUGGGUGUCCACCUCACUGGACUGCCUUUUGGAGACAGAGAGAUAAAAGUCAGAGAGGGAAAGACACAACACUAAAGCUCCUUCCAAUGUGGUUAGAAAAGUGGCUUUAAAAGAAUGAUGUUCACACACAAAGUAAACACUGUCAGAGGUUUCAGUUAAGAAUAAAACAGUAGUUCUUCGCUUACUUGCUAUUUCUAACUUUAUUCAGAAGUAUCUAUCCUCCUUUAGUUCUGCCUAAGUAUAGUUUUAUAUUAAUUUUGUUCUCUGCUUUAUUGCUCCUAAGUUUUUGCUUAUAGACAGACCUAAGGAUCCAAGAAAAAUACUUUAUUGCAAAUAUUUAUAAAAAUAAAAGUGAAGGACCAUUAUCAGCAAAUGGUAUUUUAUAGUAUGACUCCUUUAGACAUGAAAAACAAAUUUAUUUAUAUGCUGACAUUUUCAAAAAGAAUAAAUGCAAUUUGCCUUAAGUUAUUAUAAAAACUGUCAAUAGAGGGACAUACAGAACAUUUUUAGGUGGUCCAGGAGGUGGUGCAGUGAUAAAAGCUCUGGAUUCUUAAGCAUGAGGUCCUGAGUUCGAUCCCCAGCAGCACAUGUGCAAGAGUGAUGUCUGGUUCUUUAUCUCUUCUCCUAUCUUUCUCAUAAGUAAAUAAAAUCUUAAAAAAAAA